AUGAAAUUCGUAAUUCUAUUAUUAUUGUUGUUUACUGCCGUAUACGUUACGGCGGGACCACCUUGUUUGGUUUGCCAGAAAUCAUUGAAUGACACCGCUGCGGCAAUUUUAAGUGAUUCAUUGAAUAAACUAGCUAAGCGAGAGGGGCCCACCUACAAAUUACUCAAAAUACAUUCUGCUAGCACAGAAGUUGUGCGAGGUCUGCUGUAUAAAAUAAAUGCAGAUUUAAGUGAUCAAAACAAUAAUAUGAAGACAUGUGAUAUUGAAAUAUUUGAUUUUAAAGAUGUAACCGUUACAAUUAAAUGUCCGGGAGAAGAUGUUGUGAAGAAGAAAUUUACUUAA